AUGUCGAAACCUUCAAUCCUCUUUUUCCCGGGCUCGUUCGUUCUGGUGUCGCUCUACCAGCCGAUCUUCGACGCCGUCUCUGAGGCAGGCUAUGAGAUCAAGGGCAUCCACCCGCCCAGCGUCGGCCCAAGCAGUCGGCAAGGCAGAGACGGUCCCGCACCUUCCAUGUACGACGAUGCAACCGUGAUCGCACAGGAGGCCGAGAAACUCGCCGACCAAGGCAAAGACGUGAUCAUCAUAGCGCACUCGUACGGUGGUGUUCCGGUCUCCCAAAGUCCCCGGGGACUGGGAAAACUUGAGAGGAAAGCGCAAGGCAAGCCUGGGGGCGUCGUUCGGCUUGCUUACAUGACCUGCCUGGUCCCUGCCAUUGGAAAAUCAGCUCGGGACGUGCUAAGCUCGAUGCCCGAGGCGAAACCGGUUCCCACCAGUAUUGAUGGAAAUGGCUGGGCGCUGCAGGAUGAUCCGGCUGGGACUGCCAGGCUCAUUCUACAGCACAUGUCCCCCGAGGGGGGCGAGGCAAUAGUCAGGGACUUUGCAAAGCACUCGGCUACUAGUUUUGUCAACGAAUUAACCUACGCUGGAUACAAGGACAUUCCAGUGUCGUAUUUGGUUUGUGAAGAAGACUUGAUCGGUCCCCCGGAAGUACAAAGAGCCGGGAUCGAGAUGAUCGAGCAAGUGAGCGGUCGCAAGGUCGAUGUCACAAGUGUCAAGGCCGGUCAUUGUCCAAACCUGACCGCGGAGAAGGAGACGAUUGAGUGGAUUCUGAGUGUGGCCAAGAAGGUACAAGAGAGUCAGGACGCCCCUUGA